GAGAAACUAUUGCUGUAAGGGGAAUAACUAUGAUCUAGAGAGAGAAAAUAUAGGUAUACGCGAGCGUAAGAGGCACGAUUAACAACACCGGAGCGACGGAUAAUCCGAGUCUCCUGAGUUGUAGAGAGAAAGGAGGUAGAGAGAAACGCAGCAAUGGCCAUGGCUUCUUUUUCAGUUAUCCACCAAACCCCUUUCUUUCUUGCUUCAAACCCCUCACAAUUUGGGUCCAAUCUUUGCCCUAACCAGGUACACAUGCUUCCUGCCAAGCCCUGUAAUUUGAUGGUAGUAUCCAACGCUAGGGUUUUUCACUCUCAUGGAGUUAAGCCCUCCAAAACUAGGGUUUUUCUCUCUCAUCGUGUUAGGGCUUCUGCUUCUUCAGCCUCCUCGCCAAACGCACAUACAACUUCGAAUUCCUUGAAUUCCUCUCAAAACUUUCUCUCUGAUUCAACACGCACCGUUUCAUACGUUCUUGGAGUUGCACUUUCUCUGUCCAAAGUGUUUAUGGCGGCAACCCAGGGUUUUGCAUCCAAGAUUAGGGCACUUUGCUUGAACCCCACACCAGACGAAGCGGCUUCUCUUCGAAUGCUUCAGGAUAAUCUAGUUUGCACAGUUGGGCCUCUGUUCUUCGCUGCUAUGAAGAACAGACCAGCUGGUUACUUGAACACGCCAUUAACUGUGGUGGCCUCUGGCAUGGCUAGGUGGCUUGAUAUCUACAGUGGGGUUCUGAUGGUUAGGGUGUUACUCAGUUGGUUCCCUAACAUUCCAUGGGAUCGCCAGCCUUUAUCGGCUAUUAGAGACCUGUGUGACCCUUAUUUGAACUUGUUCAGGAAUAUUAUUCCUCCCGUCUUUGAUACUCUGGAUGUGAGCCCAAUUCUUGCUUUCGCGGUUUUGGGGAGUUUGGGUUCAAUCCUGAACAAUACCAAAGGAAGUCCUAUAUAUUGAGAGGAAAAUUCAAUUGGGAAAUUUCAUUAGCUGUGUAAUUGAGACGGAGAAUUCAGUUUGCCAGUAUUUCAAAGCAGUAUUUCAUGUACCUUGAGUUUCAAGGUGGAAAGAAUGCAUUUUUCAUGUAGUAUAUUAGAAUUUUGUAGGUUUUCUGGAGUUGUUGUAUCGGGUAUGUCUUACAAAUUGAAUGUUCUUUUGUGUUGUUAUAGGUUUAACUUUGAGGUGUCAAGGGAUUGCUAUAUUGUUCAUGAUUAAACAUCGGAUAUAAAUAGUUCCUUUUGCAAUGAUGCAUUUUAUAAUUGCAUUUUUAUCAA